UAUAUGAAGGCUCUGUGCCAAUGUGAAUUAUAACGGAAAGAAUAAACCUAAACUAUUACAAGUGGUCCUUGAACUCAUUUUUGGUAAUUUCCUCUGCUCCAUUCUUUUACUAACUAUGAGAUGAACAUGUACUCCUAUGCAAACUCCUCGUCGCUCGUCUGCUUCUCCUGCAUUUGAGGCGGUUGUGGCAGCGGCUGAGAAGCAUGUGUCGUCAUGUAUACCAUACGCAGAACUGUUAUUCAUCCCCGACUCAAACUCAGCAUCCAUUUGAUGAUUUUGCUCGUGCUGCUUGUUGAAAACUCGAGUCCUCGUUGUUGUCAAACUGUGAUGAUGCGGCUGCUGCGGUUGCGUGUAACCCCAGUGCUGCUGCGGUUGAGACAUAACACUCGUCUGCGUUUCAAACGCUUGCUGCGGUUGCAAGAAACCGGGAAGUUGCUGCGGCUGAGACAUAACACCAGUCUGUGCUUCAUACGCUUGCUGCGGUUGCAAGAAACAAUUCUUCCCACCAUACCAACCUAGGAAAUAAGUUAACUAAAAGUUAAGUUGGGACAUUUUACUAAAUCUGUUAUCUCCACUAAGUUUCUAAUCAUUACAAUUUGAUUAUUAUUUCGUUUUAUUUUAAUGUAUUUUAGUUUGUGAUAAAAAACUUAUAUUAAAGUUAAAUAUAAUAAAGGAGUUAUAAUAUUUUAAAUAACACAAACAAACAUAAAUUACAUAAAAAUUUAUAAAAACAAUCUUAAAAAUGAUAAAACAGAAUAUCAAACUAUAAUCGUAAUAAUAAUUAAGUAAGCCUUAAUCUUCACUUAAUAAUGUGCCAAAUGUUUUCCAUAUAUGCUCAACCAAAUCAAAUUUUAAUUGGUGAUACAUAUUUCGAUUACAAACUCGAAUCCGAUUACCAAGAAUGUUAGCUAUAAUAGCAGGCAUAUUUGUAGAAUAUGUAAGAGAUACAAAAUGUUAUGAUACUUGAUAAGCUAAACAUGAAGUCUAUAUAUAGAGAAAAAAAAUAAUAAGUAUACAUAAUUAUUUUUAAAUAUCAAAUCUUAGUAAUAUUUUUUAGUUUUGAAAUUUAUAUUUUAGUACCUUUAUAUUAUUUAAAAACCUAAAUACUAUUAUUCUAUUAGACUUCAAUUAUUUCAAUUUAAUAUUAUAUAUUUUUAUAUUUAUAUAAACAUUAUAUAUUGUGACUAUAUUUACAUAAAUUUUCCAAAGUUUUAUUAUCUUAUUGUAUUCUUAAAUUGUAUUAUAUUUUACACUGACCAGACUUAAUAUGAUGAAAUUUCUUAAUUAUCAUAUUUAGUAAUUUAUUGAAUAUUAAAUCAUAUAGUUUUUACCGCAAUUCCCAAUGUUACAAACUUGCAAGACAUCACACACACACACAACAAAACUUGCAUUAGAACAAUUGAAGCAUGUUGGGGUUAUGCUCUGUUUCCUCUUCAGUGAUUCUCAGAUUCUUCCUUUUUGAUCAUAAGAAAACAGUUCUUUUGUCACAUCUCACCUCUAGAUUCUCUAGGUUCUUCACUGAAUAUAGCCUUUGAUAAAACAAAAUAAAUAGUAGUCAUUAACGGCCUCAAUAUAUAUUGAUGUGCAUUAAUUCAACUUCUUAACAAUUUCUAGAAAUUUCCCCCUAAUUGGACCUUGGGAGUUUACAAUGUUAAGAAGCUUCCCUAUUAACGUGAAUAAUAAUAAUUUAAACAGGGAAGAAUCGUAUUUGGUCAGUGGUAGAUAUACGUAGCACAUACUCCAAUUAAUUCCCUACAGCUCAUUGCUUCCAUUUGUCAGCCUAUCCGAUGCCGACCAUAUUGAAGUCUUUUAUUUUUAAAAUUAUUUUUUGAUUAUCAAUUGCUUGAUAAAAUAAUUCAAAAUACAACAGUAUAACCCCGCACGUACGCCUCCGUAGUACCCUGUGAACAUCUUUAGACGCAUUAACUAGUACUAAUUACUUUAAACAUUAUAUAUACAAAAAUACAUUAUCAUGAAUUAAUCAUAUACGGCCAACCCUUAACUUCUAGAAAAAAAAUAGUUGUGGAUAUACUGCCGAUGCAUGUAUAGGCCAUUAGGGAUCCAACACAUACAUAUUAUGACCUUUCUAAACGUUAUAUAUCAAAUAUAAGUUUGACAUCCUCACAGUUUUUUUUUUUUUAAUUUAACCACAGUGUCUGGCGACCGAGAUUAACCGACUAUUCUGUGAAAUCCAGAAGUACAAUGUUAAAUUCUGGUGGCCAACAAAAAUCGAACUGCAGAUUCACCGUAUCAGGGUUAUUCCUCAAGUGCUACUAGCCUAAGGCCCGUUGGUUACAUCCUCACAGUUACCAACAUAUUUAACAUGUUUACCAAAAAAACACAUAAUUAUAAAAAAAAAUUAAAUAUCACUAGAUGCAUAUAUUCCUAAAUUAUGACAUCUUUGCAGCAAUAUAUUAGUUUUAUAUUUAUAAUGUUUAGAUGAUAUUCUAAAUAUUUUUAUAUCAUCAAAUAUUAUUUUAAUAUAUAGUCAGUAAAGUGACGACAAAAAAUGUAGUCAGUAAAGUAAAUGAUCAAAAUUAAUGAAAUAGAACGUCUCCUUCGAGACGCGUUGACGAUUGCACUAGUGAAGCUUGUGUGUUGUGAGGGCAUCUCCAUCCCAACUCCAUUUUUUCCUUUAAAAUGGAGUAAAAGUUGAUAUGAAGUAAGAAAUGCUUCAACCCAACUCCAUAUUUCACUUCAUAAUGAAAUUUACUCCAUAAAUGGAGUAGUUUAUUUUUUGUUUGUUCAUCACUCCAUAAUAGAGUGGGAAAUGGAGUAGGGUUGGAGCAAUUUUACUUCAUUUUCACUUUUACUCCAUUUUGAAGGAAAAAAUGGAGUUUUACAUUGGAAAUGCUCUGACCAAUAGGCAAUAGCCCAUAUGAAGUGGUAGAUUCCUUGGGGUGACAGAAUAGUGAGUGAUACAUACUUAUAUAUGGAUGAUGAUGGAUUUAUUUUGUUUUCACUUACAUAUGACAAUUAAUUUAAGAGUUUAAUUUUGAUGAUAAAAUGAAACAUUUGUCUUAAUCCUAAUUUUAAUAUAUAUAUAUAAUAUAAAUUACAUGACUUAUAAAUUAUUAAGCUUAAUCUAAAAAGUUAAUGAGCUAAUAAUGGUUGUGAGAGCAACAAUAUAUAUAUAUAUAUAUUUGAUCAAAAAAAUAUAUUGUGUUUACUUGCUAACGGGUUAGGAUGCCCCGUAUGAAUGGCCGAUCGACUUUUGCUUAUGAUGAAGAAAACCAGAAGUAAAUCAUUUGCCAAGAAUGCUAAAAUGGGAGAACUAGAGAGACAUUGAAGAGUUCUGUUUUCAAGUUAAGUUUGUCUUGGUUCACAAUCACGUGAUAAGAAUGGGAGGACGGAUGCGCUACAAAUUCAAUUUGUUGUUUUCGAAAGCACUUUAGUAUUGUAGUUGGCUAAGCCAAUAAUGUAAUUAGAUUCUUAUGAUAUAAUCCAAAUGUGAAAUUCCAAAUCUUAUAAAAUAGUGCACUAAAUAUUUUCAAAAAGGUCAAAUCAAUUAUUUUGGAAAUUAACAGAGAACUCUAACUUUGACCAGUCAUUCGGACGAGAGCGGUGGGGCCUUAGCAAAAAGAAACGUGGCGUGAACCCACUUGCCACUAGCACCUGAGAAAAGCGCACUUAGAACCAUGUGAUUGACAACCGGUGUCCUUUGACUGCACGUUUCAAUUUUUUAUUUACUAUAAUCAUUGUUAAAAGACUUUGUAGUAUUAAUAUUUUUGAACACUUUUGUCAUUUCCUAUAGAGGUUUGGGUUCAAGUAUUUAGCAUAACCGAAGCUUUUUAUCAGAUAGUUCAGAAAAUUAAAUCAAAUGCAUAAGACCCCAAAAUUUACAAUAUGCAAAAAUAAUGCUUCCAAACAUUGACAGUGCUUAGGCUAAAAACAGAAGGAUUGUAGAUAAUAGAUAAAAGGAAAAAUGAUUGCUAGCUACGUGAAGUAUUGGUCACCACAUGGCUAACCAUGCAAACUAAACUAAUGUAUACUUAGCCACACAAACUAUAUGUUAUGCAUGACAACAUCCCUCAACUUUAUGAUGUUAUGUAGUUAACACCACGAGUUUAAUUUCAUUUAUCCAAAAACUGAUGUGAAUGUUAGAGAUCGUUUAAAUAUUUUGUUUCAACAAUUAAAAUAUGAUCGAUCCGACUAUAAUUUAACUAAAAUUAGAUUUUCACCCACAUUUUAAAAGCGUAAGAAUAUUUAUUAAAAAACUCUAAUUUACAAAAUAAAUAUGUUUUAACUUUUUUGAUUAGUGUUUUAACAUUUUUAUUUUAGUGUACUUUAAAACUAUAUAAUUGUAUUAUUUUUAUUCAUAUAAUCUGUUUUGUUAUGAACUUUUAAUAAGUAAUGUUUUAAAAAAUUUAUUUUAGUGUUUUGACAUUUUUGUUUUAGUGUCUUUUAAAACUAUAUAAUUCUAUUAUUUUUAUUUAAUCUGUUUUGUUUUUUUAAUUAUUUUAAUCUGUUAUCUUAUGAACUUUUUCUAAAAAGUUUGUAAUUCGUUUGAUUAAUUGUAUGAUAUAUAAUUGUUUGAUAAUUUUUUAAUUAUAAAACUUAUUUGCUGUCAAUUUACUAACUCUAACAUUUUAUUUGUUUAAAACUUAUUUGAUGUCAACUUAAACCAAACAUAAUCUUGUGUAUAUAAUUACAAAUUAUAUACUUUUAAGAAUAAAAAAAUCAAAGAAUAAGAAUCUAAUAUGAAAGGUCUACUAAAUUUAAAUGAAUGAAAUUUUUGUUUAUGAAAAAAUAUAUAAAAUAAUUCAUUAACUUAAUAAUUUCAUAUUAAACAAAUAAAAUGUUAGAGUCAAUAAAUUGACAUCAAAGAAGUUUUAUGGUAAAUUGUUUUAUCAAAUAAGUAUAUAUCACACAAUUAAUCAAAUGAAUUACAUAAAUUUUAUUAAAAAUUCAUACCAAAACAGAUUAAAAGAAUUAAAAAUAAAUUAAAUAAUAUCUUAUAUAAAUUGUAUAUUUAAUGUAAAUAAAAAUAAUAUAAUUAUAUUGUUUUAAGAUACACUAAAAUAAAAAUUUUAAAACACUACUUAUCAUAAUUUAUAAAACAUAUUGAUUUUGUAAAUUAGAUUUUGUGAAAAAUAUUUUUACGCUUUUAAAAUAUGGAUCAAAAUCUAAUUUAAGUAAAUUACCGUCAGGUAUGUCACAUUUUAAUUGAUGUAACGAGAGAUGUAAACGGUCUCUGACAUACACAUAAUUUUUUUGAUAUGAAAUUAAACUCGUGAUGUUAACUACAUAACAUCAUAAAGUUGAGGGAUGUUGUCAUGCAUAAUAUAUACUCCGUGUAGCUAAGUAUACAUUUGUUUAGUUUGCAUGGUUAGCCAUGUGCUAGCCGAUACUUCUUGUAGUCAACAAUCAUUUUUCCUAGAUAAAACGUUUUCUUAUUGCUACUAUAUAACAAGAAUUCAAACCCUUUUUUUUUGUAACGCAGAAAAUUUAUAGUAUUAUAAACUAUAAUAAAUAUUACACCAACAACUAAUAAUUCUAUUAUUUUAUAAAAAAUUAUGUCUGGCUGCACUAUAAUAAACUAUCUUAUAAAAGGCGUACUUGUUGUCAAAAAAAAAAUCGUACUCAAUAGUAUUCAUUUAUUAUGUUGAAUAUUUUUGUUAAUAUUUUCUUUAUUAACCUGUCUAAUUUGAUUUAAAAAAAAUGAUUCUUCUAGUAUAAAAAGUCGAACUAAUAAACUAAUAGACUAAAGAAAGUUUCAAUAAAAUUCAACCCUUAAAAAUAUAUAAAAAUGUAGCAGAGCAUAUAUAUAGAAACUUCUUACAUGCCCUUUCAUGUUAACGACUUACAUCAUGAUUAAAUUUUGAUUUCACACUAACUAAACGAAUGUAAGAUGAUUAGUACCUAACAUUCACGUAAGCAUUUAGCCAAUUAGAAAAUUAGACGCAAUAACAAAAUUGUUCACUUUGGUUAUCUCUCUAUGUGUAUACAGUAUACGUUACGUAAUGUAGUUGUGUAUAUAUAUAUAGAUGUAAUUAUAUACUACUACUAAAUGAGUGUAACAGAGGAAGCACGUGUGGUCAGGGAAAGGGUCGGCAUCGCCAGCUAAUAACACUAUUUUCACUAUUGGGUCAAACCGCACCCACUGCUCGAAAUAUUAUGAUUCAUAUAUUUUUAUAUAAAACCUUCUAACUAUGAUAUUGCUACAAAAAAAUUGUCUUCAGUAAAUUGUUUAAUCUUAUAUAUAUCCAUACCUGAAAAAAAGUUACCAAUAAAACAAAACAAUUAGUUCAUAUACGUUUAACAAGUGGUUAUUAUUUUAUAAAUUUCAAUUAAUGGAAGAUUGAGUUUCUUUGAAUAUAACAUCGAACUCACACUGAUGACAAAUUCUAUCAUCUUCUCUUUCUAGAAACCUCCAUCUUCUCACUAAAGACCAGUUUUCUCUGAAUUCUGUUUUUCCGGCCGACGACGGUGGGCUAUCACAGACACGUCGUCGGUCGAGAUUUGCUUUUUAAUUAUUAUGUUUUGUCAUCUCGGUUUGUAUCGAUUCGGAUUCAGUGGUUCCUCUAAGCUGCAUGUCCGUGGUUUUAAGUUCCAGUAUUGCACCUUCUUAUGGUGGUUGACUGGCUUUUCGACUCUGGGGCCGAGCCAUUUUUUCUUCGAUGGUGGUUGCUGGCUAAAGUAUCGGAUGAUGGUGAUGGUGCUGUCUGGUUCCCUCUAGAGUGCUCGAGGUGUGAUGGGUUCGUUAUCGUGGUUGAUGGCCCGAGCUUAGAAGAGAUCUCGAUUCCAAUCGAUUGAAGCUCUCCAAUGCCCAGGCGCAUCGGUUGAAGAGGCCGAUUCCACAAAACUCUAAUAUAGUCGUUGGAGGUAGUUUCGGUGGUUGUGGUUAAAAUCCCAGAUUGAAUCCGGUGGUAAAGUCCUUUGGUUACGGCUGAUGAAAUUUAAGCCGGUAAAACAGUGGUGAUCAGGAUUCCGGUGUGGUUUCCUCUGUGUGUGAUUCGAGAUCCGUCGGCUCCGAUAGACGUUUCGGUGGUUUCCGGCGUAGACUUUUCAAGCGGUGAAAGCAGUGGGAAUUUCGGCACGUGUCCUCUAUGUCUUUUCAAUUUCGACACGUUGCUUGGGGUGGGUUUAAUUGGGUCGAUGUUUGGGCUUCUUUAUGUUUUUUGGUGGACUUGUUUGUAGGCCCGUUUUACACAUUUGUUGGUGGGUUUAUGGUGUAAUAUAUAUAUAUAUAUAUAUAUAAUAAAAUUUAGAUGGCAAAAAAAAAAAAACGUCGAACUCACAUAGUCGAGGAAACUAGUGGCUCAACGGCUCAAUGCAUCAUCUAUCAUUUUUGGAAACAAAGAAAUAAUGUGAUGCACAACCACCUUGUCCUGCCACCCAUCGUUUUAUUCAAGCUUAUUGAUAGAAAAAUGCGCAAUACUAUAACAACAAGGAGAGAUAGAAAGCAAUUUCUCACCCUUAUGGCUAAGAGCAGCAUUAUCGUACAAAAAAAUGAGGUGCUUAGUCCUAUGUACCCCAAAAAAAUGCCAAACAACGAUGCUUUCAGCUGCAAAAUAAACGCCGUGUUUUUUUUGUUGCUUCUGCUCUUCGAAGACUUCACCGACACGUGGCAGUCCGUGAUUAAUUUUUUUUUAAUUUUUUUUAAUUAGGUAAAAAAAAUAAGCACCCCCUAAUGGAGUGCUGGGACAAAGAUGCUCUAAGUGGAUGCGAUGACUUGCGUUUUUCUAAUCUUCAUCUUUGUUGCAACUUUGUUUUUCCUUUUUUUCCAAGCAUGUAACAUAAUCUAGAUCUACAAUGCUUGUAAAUCUAAUUUCAUUUCUAUGAUAUUUACCUUUAGCAACAAAAAAAAAAAUUUCUCACCAUACAAGAGUAGCUGGAAAUGUUGAAGCUUUAACUCACGUAGAUGGACAAUGUACAACAAUACUUUUUACAAAUCUUUGGUUGAGUUUAUUGCACGAACAUAUGAGCUGAGAUGACACUAGCUAAAUUCAUACACUUUCUGCACAAAAACAAAAUAAGACGCUCUGGCUGUCCCAGAAGCUCAUUAAUACAGUUAUUUUUUAUAUAAACUAUUAAGAACAUUGUAGAAAAAGGAGUGACGUUGCUUUCAAAGACACUUCCGUGGAAGAGAUGCCAUCUCUCCAAAUCUGACUACUAUGACACUUUCCUUUUAUAUCUCUUCUCCCUCAUUUCUUUCCAUUUUUAUUAGUUUUAUCAAUUAUUCAAAUUUGAAUCUUUCAUGGCCUCGAACUGCGACUCUUGAAGACACCGACGCCCUAGAUCUGUUCAGGCGCGUGCGCCAGCUCCGGCUCCGUUCGUUUCUGUCUCUUUUUGCCUCCUGCCAUCUCCUCCUUCUCUCGUCGAUAUGCUCGCGACCCUGGUGAUGGAAGAUGACUGUGUCGCUCAGAUCUGGUCAAGUAGAUCUUGAUUUUGGGCUUCGGUCUUCCUAGCUGGUGAAGCGGCGAGACGAAAGAAGAUAUGGAGAUUAGGUGGGGGGUCGGCUUUUAGGCUUAGGGUUUGGAACCCAAAUUUUCCGUUCGUACUGUUUAUGAAACUUGGUCGGUUUUGGACUGCUUGGAGAUGUUGGGCUUGGUGUGCUGUCUCUGUUCUUUGAAAUCAACUCUUGUGGUUGUUGAUUUUUGAGGGUCAGAGCCUUUAACGAGAUCUACUUUAGUUUGGAGGAGAAUCAGAGGGAGAUAGAUGUUUUUAGGAGACAAUGCUCCAUUGAUGGUCGUUUGUCUCCGAUUUGUUUCGUGAUUUUCCUGGAUUUCGAGUGGAGUGUUUUUAUCCAGCUACCGGCUGUGUGAAUAAGACGUGUUCGGGAAGCUUUUUUUGGCUUCGCCGUGGGGUGUUAGGCGUAUGAGGCGCGUGGAGAGCACAAUCAAGGUCCAAUGGCGAGUCUUAGUUGGGAUUGAAGGGUGUGUACAGCAACGGUUAAGGACUCUAACCUCUCUCGAAUCUGUUUAUGCGUUGGUGAUGCUCGUAUGCGUCCUGUCUACCUCGUUGUUCUUCUCCUCUGGUGUUAUUUGUGGAUGUGUUCUCGUUAGGUAUGCCUGUCCUUGAGUGCAAGGUGGUGCUCUCCGUUCUUGUAGUGAUCUAUCCCUUCCUUGUUUUAGCAUACGAUGUUCUUUGUUGUUGUUUUACUCUUGGUUCCGAAGGGUGUUGUUUUACCUCGUCGGCUUAUGGCUCCGGAAAGGCUUUGUUCCUUUGUCGGCUUUGUGUAAGGCAUGGUUAUUUCAAUUUUAAUCCAACAGAUGACAAAAAAAAAAAAAAAUCUUUCAUUUUUUGGACCCACAAUCAUUUCUUACUUACCAAUGGUAUUUGUGAAGCUUGCAAAGCCCUAGAAGUGAAAAGUAAACUACACAAGGAGGUAUCUUUUCAUUAUUCCACUAGAAUUGAAAAGUAAAUGCAGGUUGACCAAUUAUAUUUUUCGUAAUUAGGUUCUUUCUCUCUCUCUCUCUCCGAUAAAAACAUUAAGUAAAACAAUAACAAUGAAUAUAAUAUGUAGUAGUAACUAAAUACCAUACUAACCAUACUAUUGAAGGGAGUAUUAAGUUAUCAUAUCCUGAGGAAGCCUCCCGCAAUCAUCCGAUAACGCUUUAAAAUAAAUCAUCCAUGGAGAUUUUACUCUAUAUGUUUUGUUAAUUAGAUGGCGACUCUAAAUUAAUUUUUAAAAGUUAGCUGCGUACAUGGGUAUUUGUUUUUUUUGUUCUGAAACAAAACAAGCAAAGAGGUAUGUGACUCUUCGCAACUUCUUAACAGUUUUUUUUCCAUAAACAUUAAUAAUAUUUUUAACAUAACCUUAAUACUGGUCAAUAGGAGUAUAUUACAAAAAAACAGUGCCUUAACUUUUUUUUUUUGGUCAAAACAGUGCCUUAACUUUAGUUUUAUUGUUAGUAUAAAUAGUUCCUCCUUUUUUUUUGUUCACAGUAAAUAUAGUUCCUCCUAAAUGAAAAUGAAAUCGACUAUCAACGUAUUCAUAACUAGGAGACACACACAGUUAUUACGUUAUGACAAAACAUCAUACCAUACGUUCACGAUCUGACUUGGCAAUGCAUGCCACUUUAUAUUUUAAAUUCCUGUUAUAAAAGGCCAAAAUAGAAUGAAAAAAAAUAAAUAGGAUGAAAAAAAAGAAGGCCAAAAUAGAAUAAAUAAAAAUAAAAGGUGCUGAUAAGUGUGCUAACGUCAAAACCAAUUAACCACGUCCUACUAUCCAAGUAUGUUAAAAAAAAACUAUGCAUUUCAUGUCACAAUAUCAAAAAUAAUUACCAGAAUCCACCAAUAAUUGAACUGUGUUUGAAACACUUGGAUACAAAAUUAUAUCCAAUAAAUAAUUUCGCCCCAACAGUAACAUCUGCCUUCAAUAAAGAUAUCAUUUUGAUAAAAAUUAAUAGUAUUAUACACUAUUUAGCUUAUUAUGGCUUUAUCAUUGAUCCUUUGUGCAAAAGAACUAAAUGAGUAUUGGGUACUAUAUAAUACUACUGCUACUGCACAAGGCUUCUCUGUGCAACUGACUGUCCCUACCAGAAUUAAAUCUCUAUCUCUCUCCAAAAGAGUCUUUUAACUGAGUUUAUAAUUCGCCACAAUAGAGCUCUGUCUCUAAUGGCAUGCUUAGAAAUGUACAACUUCAGUGGUGGUGGUGACAUAAGUCCUAGAAUCUCUUUCUCUAAUGAUUUCGUUGAGACUAGGCCUGAGACGACGAAGACGCCAAGAUCAAGCCCUCUCUCCAAACCAGAGGGUUCUUCCUCAGCUACUGAUAACUUCGAGUUUUCUGUCUCCGACUACACAAUGAUGCCUGCUGAUGAACUUUUCUCUAAAGGAAAGCUGUUGCCAUUCAAGGAGACUAACCAAGUCCAGAGAACAUUGAGAGAAGAGCUCCUCGUCGAAGAUGAAGAAGAAAGUCCUCAUGAAGCUACCAACAUCUUCUCUCUCAAGCGACCCAUCUUCUCAUCUUCUUCCUCUAAGGGAAGGUGGAAAGGGCUUUUGAGCCUUAAGAGGACCCAUGGUGGGUCUAAGAACAAUGAAGAACCAUUUCUUCACAUGAUCGAUAACAAACAGUCUCAGGAAGCAAUGGGUGGAAGAGAAGGCUUAAGUUGCAGGGGCAUGAAGAAGAGUGUGUAGAGCUUGCAAAAAAAAAGCUUCUGGUUAGUUUUUAUUAAGCUAGGAACAUGGUUGCUUCCAUUUUUUUUCUUUAAAUUUAUUUUACAUUUUAUGUUAAACUUAGACCUGAAAUGUUGUUUUAAAAAAAAAUAGGCACUUAUGUGCUGUUGAAGGGGAUGGUUUAUUUCAUUACCUCUUUCCCACUACUCAUGUUUCAUCGAUCUUGUGAAGGGAUGUAAUUUUAUUUGGGUGUACAAAGGAAAAGGUAAAAAAAAAAAAACAAGAGUGAGUAGUUCAGAAAAUUUAA